CCUAUAGUACUAGCAUUGGUGCUAAUAGUAUUGAUGGUUAAUGGUGGACAGUUAGCCUAUGGUUAUGGCGAUAAUCAACGGGAGACAAUCAAUAACUAUGACUAUCAAAACACCAACACCAACACCAACAAUGAUAAUAAUUAUGUCAACAACAACAACAACAAUAUAGUAUCACCGGAUACGACAAAACCGAUGAAAAUCAAACUGAUUGGCCGUAAACUGAAACUUAAUUACAUGGAAAUCAAGGGCACCGGUCGAUUGGAUUCGGGCGGUUUGGCCAACCAGUUGUUUGAAAAGUUGGCCGAAAAAUUGCAUUUCCGGCGCCGAAAACGGGCAUCGGGCGAUAGUUCAAUGCUAGGACAGGCGGAUAAAGUUUGGCAAAAUGUCAAGAGUCGGGUCAAACAGGCCGGCGAUUUGGCCAACACUGCCGUCAAGACUAUGUCCGAUAGGAUCAAAGACAGUACAACUGGUUAAUUGGUUUUUUAAAUACAUAUAUUAUUUAGUUUUAGGUUUUAGUUUUUUUAUCACU